CCAUCUAAUAAAAUAUUCACCCGUGUUAAACUAACGCAAUUUAAGAUCCAAGAACUUAAGACAGUUAUUUAACAUUGUAAGUACAAAAGCAAUUGAAUGGUUUAAAGCUUGCUGAUCUUAAAAAUAUGGUUGAAGACUUGAGUAGUAAUGAGGGAGGCCAGCCAUGUUGGAGGCAAAUGGAUCUGUAUGAAGACUCUCCAGCCAGUUCUGAAUACAGUACAGGAUCAACUAUCCUCCCUCUCUCAGCUGGUGACAUUAUGGAACACUCUUCACACCGAGAUAUAGAAACUGAAAUGAAGAACAUACCAUUUAGGACAUUGCCAUAUUCUAAAAAGGCUUCAGCUAAUUUCUCUUUCGUGGUAGAAAAUGCUAAACCUGCACCAAGAUUUUCAUUCAGUUCAUCUCACGGGCAACAGCAAAACAAGAGAAUUUAAAUUUCGGGGCAAAGGCAAAAAGUGCAC